ACGUCACUUCCUCUUAAGUGCGGCGGUUGGCCGGGGUGUCCCCACGAGCGUUCAACAUGCGGAUUGAGAAGUGUUACUUCUGUUCGGGGCCUAUUUACCCAGGCCACGGCAUGAUGUUCGUUCGCAACGAUUGCAAGGUGUUCAGAUUCUGUAAAUCCAAGUGUCAUAAAAACUUCAAAAAGAAGCGCAAUCCUCGCAAGGUCAGGUGGACUAAAGCAUUCCGGAAAGCAGCUGGUAAAGAGCUCACAGUGGAUAAUUCAUUUGAAUUUGAAAAACGUAGAAAUGAACCUGUCAGAUACCAGCGAGAGCUAUGGAAUAAAACCAUUGAUGCAAUGAAGAGAGUUGAAGAGAUCAAACAGAAACGCCAGGCUAAAUUUAUAAUGAACAGGCUGAAGAGAAAUAAAGAACUACAGAAAGUUCAGGACAUUAAAGAAGUGAAGCAAAACAUCCAUCUUAUCCGGGCGCCUCUUGCAGGCAAAGGAAAGCAGCUGGAAGACAGAAUGGUACAGAAAUUACAACAGGAUGUGGACAUGGAAGAUGUUUCUUAGAACUCUUACUGUCUGUAACCAUUUCUAUAAGUGCAUCUGGAAAUCUCCUUUGGAGACAUAGAACUUGUAAAUUAUUGAUUAUUUUUUUCAUAUAAGGUCACUCAUAUGAAAGGGGAUUAAAGUACUUCCCUCCUACAUUGCUAUCUGCAGAACAGCAGAUACGGAUGCUAGAUUGCAUCUCAAUGUUAAGCCUUCACUAAGAGAUAGAUACACUUUUAUAAGUCAUGAAAAUUAUGCUUGUAAAUACAGAAGUGAAUUGUGGACAUAAAAUGGUCAUGCCAUUUGGUUAAUGGCACUAGGCAGCAUUUAUGUAAUAAUUAAUGCAAAUUCAUGACGAGUAAUAUAUAAAAUAAAAUUUUCAUUGCAGUAAAAUAUUCCUUUUCUAGAAGGGAUACAGCAAGGAACUAACAGUCUGUAUGAUAAUUAGCCUCUAGUAAUUUCUUUUGAUUUUAGUACUUCUGGUUUUGGUUUAUAAGCUUCUUAGAAGAACAUAAUGGUCUAAUAUAUUGAAGCCUAAUUAUGUUGGACCAUUUUGACCUGGUUUUAACUAUUAUGAUAGGCAUUUGUGGAUGUUGGGGGUGAGUUGAAUAGUCUGUUCCUGAAAUGGCACUAUAUAAUUUCUACUUUGGAGAAUACUCACUUCUAAGUUGAGAUUCCUAGUAGAAUAAGCUUUAUUUUUCUAGGGGUCCAGUACCUAUUAAAAUUUUUUGUGUGGUUUUCUUUUUAAAAACUCCUUAAUUGUGGAAAAUUGGACGUAUGGGUAGCACAUUAUAGAUUAUUUACACAUAAAAUUGUUUCUGAAGUAAGUAAGUGCCUAUGUAUUUAUUAUUUAAAAGUACUAAACAAAAGGUAUGAAGUUUGCUCACACAUACUAAGAAGUAGGAGAUACAUUUAAAGAGAAAUGUAUACUUUAUACUUCAUGUUUUCUUAUUUUUACAUUACUUACGAGUAAGUAUGUUAAGAGUAUUAAGUAACUCAGUUUUUUUUUUUCUUAGGACAAAAUUUAGAAUAAAUUACAAGUUUUAAGGUUAUAUAAUUAUAUAGUAAUGGCUAAAUUUUUAUUUUAGUAUUAGAUAGUAAAAAAGUGGACUGAUCACUGGACCAGGUGUUAGAAGACCUGAAUCCAGCUUUGUUCUUAUUGAUAAAAUAAAGCUCAUUUGUAAACAACAUUAUUGAUGCAACAUUUAGGGGAAAUAUGUAUGUAAAGACAUUUGUAAAAUUACUUGAAGUUUUCAUCGCAUUCUAUAUUCAUGUUUGUUUUAAUAUAAACUUGUUUAAAAUUACAUACUAUUAAGAAACAAAUUUCCUACUGUGCUAGUUAGGGAGCAGCUUAGCUAUUGCUUUGAGAGCAUUAAUUGGGGAAAUUGAGCUGAAACAAAGAGCUGACAUUGUGUCUCAGGUUUAACAUUCAGGCAGUUCUCUUAGCUGUCAGGAUUUCAUAUUAUUGUGAGACGCCAGAUAAGUAUUUGGAUGCAAAUGCCAUGAUUUUAUCCACCCACAGCCUUUUAAGCUUGGUUGGACCACUGAGGAUGAGUUGUCUCUUUAAAGUUUGCCUGAGAGUGGCUUGGUACAAUGCUUUUAGGCUACUAUUGUUAUAGCUUGUCUGGUUGAGACCUCUGCUGGGCAGUUAGCAUAAACACAAAAGCGUAAAUUGUCCAGACACUCACUACACAGAAUAUAUUCUCUUAUUGUUUAAGAAACAAUAAUAUUGUUUAAGAUCGGGCUGGAAGUCAUAGAAUUUUUUUUAACAUGUACCUCUUAAAAAACCUUGUAAGAUUGCAGAAAAAAAAUUCUCACAUGAAAAAAAAUCUCAUUUCUUAAAAAUGGAAACCCUAGGAAGAUGUUUACCCUGUAGAAGAAAGUUUGAGAAGGACUAGCCUAUUAUCUCAUGAAGUAGACAGCAUUUUUCUAAUUUUAUAAAUGGUCAAAUCUCAGGUGUAAAAUCUUGCCCCUUAAUCACACGGAACAGAAGAUGGACGAGGCAGGGAUUUGUGUUCUUACCGGUCUGUUUCCAGCGUUACCCUGCGUUUAUAUGGAAGGGAUUGAUCUAGAGCCUCUCAGAUCCCAUCUUCACAAGUCCAGGUGUUUGCUGCAACACUCACUUGACUAUACUUUGGUUUCUUCAUCUGAAAAAAAAAUGGAGACAAUAAUAUGACUAACCUCAGGAGUUUUAUGAGGAUCUAAUUAGUUAAUACAUGUAAAAUAGUCAUUUCAAGUCCACAACUAUAGUAAGGUACUGUUAAAAUGUUAGCUAUUAAGGUUGGUUGUGUGACCACACAAACUCAGUAACAGCAAAGGACUUUGAUUGGGAGAAAGAUGGAAGGUCUUAGGGUUUGGGGCUAGCUGUGCUAAAUUGAGUGCAGUGUACUUAGUCUACAAAGUGAUAUGUAUGGUUUAAAAUGUUAAUUUUAGCCUUUAUGUCAGCUGGCAAGUUCAGUUAUUAAAAGCAUCUCAUUCCACAAACGUUCUCUGCUGUGAAGAUUGGGAGGGGGAAAUACGUUUCUGGUUCAUCAGCAUUAGUUUAAAAAAUGAAUCAUCGCCCGUAGUUUUAAGGCUAAUUUACAUGAUAUGAGUUAUUUUUUUCCUCUGUCCUUUAGCUUACAUUUUAAAUGGAGAUCUGGAAAAAGACAUCAGACUUUAAUCACUCAAUAUAAAUUCCAAUAUUGAAUGAACACUACACCUUGUAAUAAUUAACCUAGCAGCCUGCUGAAUUAAGAGUGUUGAAAAACUAAGGGGAAAAAUAUAUAAAAAAUCAGUUUCAAAGGCUAUAGGAAGAAUUUUCUAAGGUGUCUAUUCUUUACUGAUACAUAGCAGAAUGGAAAAGUUAACCCACAUGGUUUACCCUGAUGUGUUUAUACUGAGUGUAUCCAUCAGCCUCGUGUUGAUUGGAAUCGUUUUUGUCUGUUGUUGAAUUUCUUUUUAAAGGAGAAGUGACCUUUUUCUCAUCUUUCCUGACAUACUGGAUGUAACAGUCUCUAGUUUCUGGUGCCAUGGGGUGAGUCUCUAACUUAAGCUCUCCUGCUUGAACACUCUCCCUAGGUUUAGUAUCUUAAUUCAAGCUAUCAUGCAGGGGUUGGAGGUGAUGUUUCUACCAACAUGACCUUCCCUGGGGUACCAGUUAUCUGAACUGAUUCUCUAGGCUCCCAUUGAUUCUGUGGCUUCCCUUUGAUCCUGCCAAUAAAUUCCUUUUGCCAGUGUUUGUAACCAAAAAUCUUGAUUGAUAGACAUCCCCAUCCUCUCCAGCAAGUCCAGGCAACCCAUUUCUGUCAUAAUCUAUUAAGAUUGCAGGGACUGUAUCUUAUCCCAGACAUAUAUUAGGUACCUGGUGCAUGGCAGGUGCUCAAUAAAUGUGACUAAAUGUAGCCAUUUGCUAGGUUUACUCCUCUUUAUCUUUAAGAUAGCCAGUAACUUGGAAGAUAUAAAGAAUCAAUUAGCAGAGAGAUACUGCAUUAGGAAAGGAGGCAGCCUGCCUGUGACUUUAACAUUAAUCGUAUCUGCACUGUUGGGAAGACUUGCUGAAGCACAGUGCUUGCCUUGGGUUGCAAAAAACUGAUUUUGCUGCUUAGGUCUAACCGUCUAGUGGUGGUACACCAACCUCCGCUUCUGGGUCUGGCUGGAGCAUUCACAAGUCAAGAAAUCCCAGGAAGAACAGCAUGAGCCAUGGUUUGGGCAGGUUUCUUAAUGUUUUGUCUGGAACUUGCUUUGCUGGUGGAAGUAGAACUUUACUUUAGGAGCCACAGAGUCUAAAAUAGAAAUAAGGACAAUUGGGAAGAAUCUGUUAAAAGAGUACUGCUUCUCUAAAGGAAUGUUAACCAACCAAAAAAUACAGGAGACUGGUCCGUUAGCAUUUUGAGGAACUCUUUGUUUUGGGAAUGCCAGAUUUUAAAUACUUCAUUUGUUUAAUAUAUUCCAAUAAAGUGUAUAUAUGUUUGGUUUGGCA